CUUUCAUCUUUGCUUUUCUUGAUUUUCUUGAUUUUCUUGCAACUCAAGGAACCUUUUUCUUGAUUUUCUUGUAGCUGAAGCAACCUUUUUCUUGAUUUUCUUUGAUUGUCUAGAGAUUAUUCUCUUUCAUUUUUCAUGUUCUUGAGUUGAAAAAUAUAAAUUCUUGGAAAAUCAUGAGCUGCAACGGAUGUCGAAUUCUCCGAAAAGGAUGUAGUGAAGAUUGUAUGCUUAGGCAUUGCUUACAGAUGAUUGAUAAUCCACAAGCUCAAGCUAAUGCAACCGUUUUCGUCGCUAAAUUUUUCGGUCGCGCUUGCCUCAUGUCCUUCAUUUCCUCCGUCCCUUAUACCCAACGUCCUUCAUUAUUUCAAUCUCUUCUAUAUGAGGCGGUAGGGCGAACAGUAAAUCCGGUAAGCGGCGCGGUGGGGCUACUCUGGACCGGAAACUGGCACAAAUGUCAGACGGCGGUGAUGACGGUGCUCCGGGGAGGAGCUAUAGAGUCUCUUAAAGAAUAUCAAGAUUCAGGGCCGGAGUUUCACAACAUUUCAGAAUGUGCUAGUUUUAGACCUAGAGAUGAUGUGGAUUCAGGAGAAUCAAAGAAAAUAAUACCAACAUUAAAGAGAAAAAUUUGUGAUUAUGAUGAUGAAAUUAGAUAUGGACAGGUUACUAAUCUUGAUCUUUGUUUGAUGCACCCCACCGAGGAGGAGGAGGAGAAGCGGCGGCGGCGGCCGGCGACACCGUCCGAGGAGUCGGAGACAACAACGUUGGGAAGUUGUUCAAGAAAUAAUGAUAGUAGUUUAUUACAAGGUGGUGAAAAAAAACUUUUGACAUUAUUUCUUUGACAUUUUUAUUUUUAUUUUUUUAAGAUUUUGGCGGAGAAUAGAAUAGGAUUUCUCUCACUUUAUUGUAUGUUCAAGAAAGAUUACAAGAUGGAAUAAUAUUUCUUGAAUGAAGAAGAAUCUCCUUUCCUUUUUGAAUAUGAUAAAUAAUUUGAUUACUUAAUUGAUUA